AUGACAUUACCACCGACCUGUUUCUGCUUAAGAAGGGGCAAAACAGAAACUUACGCCAACCUGUUUGUGCUAGCAGCACAGCUGUGGACCGUUGCAUCCACCACCACCACUACCAGUAUUCUUAGUAUUACCUGGGUCACCUGGGCCCCCUGGGCCCCCUGGACCACCUGGGCCUUGCAUCAACGUGCAGCCCGUUCCCUCUCCUUCAAUUCCCAGGAUACUGAGACCACCGAGGAUAUUGUCAAGAUUAGGACCAACCACCUUGCAGCACCAUUGUUGGCCUUGCGGGCACCGGGGUUGUUGGGGGCUCCCGGCUCGUUCUUCAAGAGAAACGAAGUCCUCAGUCGGAUAAGCGGCGGCCAUGCCAGCGGGUUUAAAAGCAGCAAGGAUGUUCUUCACAAGCAUGAUGAAGAGAUUGUUGGAAAGCGAGUUGGUUCGUACUUUGUUGCGAUGGAUGAAUUGUGA